AUGUCUCCUGCGACGUAUCCGACUCGCCCACUCGGCCGCAAUGGUCCUCUUGUCAGCGCGAUAGGCUUUGGCGCCAUGGGCGUUGGUGCAUAUUACGGAAAGACGGACGAAGCGCUUGCCCUUGAGACCCUCACCUACGCUGCUAAUAGGGGCGUCACCUUCUGGGACACUGCAGACGUUUACGGCACCAGUGAGGCUACAAUCGCCAAAUGGUUUGCGACCACGGGCAGGCGUUCCGAGAUCUUCCUCGCAACGAAGUGGGGAUCGAUGGACCUCACUCCCGGAGCAGCGAACAUGUACCAGCCGAAUAGCAAGCCGUCAUACAUCAAGCGGCAGCUGGAGAGCUCUCUGAAAACACUAGGCACCGACUCGAUUGACCUAUACUAUCAACACCGCGUCGAUCCUCAGGUUCCGAUCGAAGUCGUGAUGGAGACGUUGCGGCCCUAUGUGGAAAGCGGGAAGGUCAAGUACAUCGGCCUCAGCGAGUGCGGGAUCGACGUCUUGAAGCGCGCGAAGAGCGUCCCCGGAGUAGGGGAGAAGCUGGUCGCGUGUCAGAUGGAAUUUAGCCCAUUCGAGCUUGAGAUCGAAAAGUCUGGGUUCGUCGCUGCUGCACGCGAGCUCGGUGUAGCCAUCGUCGCCUACUCCCCACUCGGUCGAGGUCUGAUCACCGGACAAUACAAGUCGAGGAAAGACUUUGAGGCGGACGACCUCCGCCAGCUGCUGCCCCGCUUCUCCGACGAAAACUUCCCCAAGAACCUCGACCUCGUCGAGAAGUUCAGCGUUGUGGCCAAGAAGUACGGCGCCACGACGGGCCAGAUCGCGCUUGCGUGGAUACUGGCGGACUACCCCGACUUCAUUCCCAUUCCGGGCACACGAACGGUCGCCCGUCUGGAGGAGAACGUGAAGCCGGCAGAGAUCCAGCUCUCUGCUGAGGACGUGAAGGAAAUUCGUGAAGCUGUCCAUGCGGCGGACGUCCAGGGCGGACGCUACCCGCCGGAGUUCGCGGGUAUCAUGAACGACAAGUGCAUCCCACUGAGCGAGUGGAAGGGGGAGUAGUUUGCCAAUUGUAGAAUCUCGUUCGCCGGAAACAACAUGUAUUGCUAGUGAAUGAUCAUCAGAGCUUGAGAGAAGG